UGAUGUGGCGAGUGGAGAGCUCCGAACCAGGAAGUAAACAUGUUGCCUGGGCGACAUGUAAACAAAUCUAUUGAAUGCGAUAGACUGUAGACAUGAUAGACUUCCUGCAUGAAAUCGUCUAUUGUUAAUCAAACAGGUCACUGAUAGUAUUCAAUUGGGGUGGGAAAUAAGGACAGGUGUCAAACAAACGCAGGUCAAAGAAGAGGUUUUCAAUAUGUCUCUUGCAAUACCUAGAAAUAGUGUGCCUUUGGAGAGGCAGAUACAGCCAAUUAAAUCUGGGACAGACUUUCUUGAAUCGUCUACCUUCAAGAUGUGUCAAGAUCCUAAUGUGAUAAAACCUGCUUAUCUAAGCACAUUCAAAAGAGAUUACCCUCCUCACCCAUUUGGGAAAAAAUCAGCAGCUGCUGAACCUCCAGCCCCUGCUCAUGUCAUGCAUGGGGAUGUCAGGUUCUUUAACAGGCAGUUUUCAGAGACUGUAGCCGAAUUUGAAAAGCAACCUGCUUCUGGAAAUAUAUUAAAGGAUGCCCACACAAAGCUCAAUGCAACGAACUACAAAAUGGAUAAAGACUUGACGAAGUUUAAUUCCUUCCAUACUACGCACAGUCUCUAUUUCCCACCCCACCAUCUGAAGGAUUACAGCGGAUUUAAGAAAACUGUUGAUAAACCAUUAGAGAGCUUCAUACCACAAGGAGAUAAGGAGAAAGCCCCUUACCCUAUGUCUGAUUAUAAGGAUCACUAUCAAGGACAUGAUACCAGCAAGGUUGUGGUUCUAAAGGCACCAUCGAUGCAUGCCGGGGGACCACCAACAAUAACAGGGGAUGGACGCCUUCAACAGUUCGAUACAACACAUAAUGAUCAAUUCGAUGGGAAAUGGGAACCAAAAGUGGCCACACUACCUGCACCCACUGGUACCAAUAUACCUCAGGGAGACAAAGAAAAAGUCGGCACCAAAUUAACAACUCAGCAACAGUCUUACCAAGCCAAUGACCUAUCUGGUGCCAAUUCAUAUGACAAGAGUCUUGUGAUGAAGAAGCUGGGCUUCACCAACUUCCGUCUUGAUGAUGGACAUGAUACAUGGAACACAUACGAGAGCACCCAUGGUGCUGCCUAUGGACCCAUGCCUGCUAAUAUUUCUAGGAGUCUGCCUGCCCAUCAUCGCAACCAUAGUGACCUCCCUCCAGGGGAUUUGGAUGCUCGCCGAGUGAUGGAGAGAGUCAGUGACACAACGUACAAGUUUCAUCAUGGAACGCAUCCUCAUUUGCCCAAACCAGUGAUAGAAUCUGGAGCCAACAAGAGAACCAAAAGUAAUGUCUGGUUUGGGGAGCCAAGACUGGCCAGGACAUUCUAUGACACGACUGUAGGGACAGAGUUCACCCCAGCUGAUGUACCUUACAAGUAUGACAGGUCCAGUCUGCAUGCGCCUAGUUCUAUACCAUUGGACUAUUAUGGGAAAGAGCUGACAACCCCAACGAAUAAGUCCGACUUCAAGAAUCCACUUCAGGGUAAAAUGAUUCCUAACCAUGAGGCUGUGGAAAGGCUGCGGCGGACUAACAUCCAUCCACCAACUGGAACCAGGAUCUUCUCUACAGAACAUCUGGAGCAAUUCACACCCAAAACCACUGCUUUGGAGAAGUAUGAUGCUGGCCAAUUGCAGAGAAGCUCUGUUCCUCUUGGAACUAUGACAAUUUCUAAAGAUUCAAAAAUCUAGAGUCAAAUGAUAACAAGUAAAAGUCUUCACCAUAAUGUGACCCAUCAUAGUUAAACCAGGCACAGGUUGCUCUAAGCUUGGCAGGUUGCGACAGAC